AUGACGAGUUUAGUAUUAUUUAAAUCGGAUCGUUCUAAGAAGAUAGAUCGUACGAAAUCUGCUAUUGAUUGGGGCACAGGAAAACCGCGUAAUCAAGCCAACAAAUCGCGACCUUCUUCUGUAUCUGGUACUUUUCUUUACACAGGUGAACCAAUUUCACAAACAUACCAGAAUACAGAUACAACAUUAAGUAAUGUACGAAUAAAUGACGAAUUAGUACCUGCGCCACUUCAUACAACUGAUAUCACGUCUCAUGAAAUACCAUUAGAAUUUCCAUCAAAUCAUCCAUUUACAUCACAUAUAAGCGAAAAAUCUAUAUUUCCGACAGCAAGCAUUGAUUUAAAUGAUCGUCCUUCAACAUGUACCGAUCCUUAUAUAGUAACACAUAAAAUUCGAGGUAAUCCAUUUCGUCGUGAAGUGCAUUACUACGGAUUGCAGCAAGAACGCUAUCGAACUGCGAAAUGGCCAGAUAAACAUUAUAUGCAAUUACCACGAUCAUUAAGUAACAUCGAAUCGUUACCAAUUUACCCUUGGCCACGUAAAAUGUUUGUACCAAAUAAUAAGAAUUCAAUCCAAAGUUCAACAACUAACACAGUUAAACAUAAAGAAAAAAAAUCACUUGAAGGCACUUAUCAAAAUUAUUAUUCAAAUGAAGAAGGAUUAAGUUCUCAUGCUAUAAACAAUACAACAACAACAACAACAAUACUUUCACCAAAUGAACAACUAAAACCUCAUUUAAACAAGACAUUCGAAUUGGCAAGACCAAUGGAAGGUACGCAAGCUAUUUAUAGUAAUGAGAAUCAUCGGCAACCAAAUGCUCUUGAACGACAACAACCACCAAUGUACUAUGCACCAAUGGAAACAAUCAAAAUAAUGAGUGAAAAUGAAAAACUUGAUGAUCAUAUGCGAAAUGGAACGAACUAUGUGAAUCUUCCUGAACAUCUUUAUUCAACUGAUCAAGCACCAACCUGGAUUCCUCAACAGGAAACGUUAAAUGAUAAUCAAGUUAAACCUUGCGAAAUUCGUUUUCUUCAUUCUCUUCGACCAUCAACAACGGGUAAUCAAUUAGCUCGUGAUCAUUAUGCAAGUCAUCAACAAAUGGAUGCAGAAAAUCGUCUUCAACAAUUAGAAGUUAUCCGUCCAACAGAAAAUAUUAAUUUAUUUAAUGUUAAACUUCGAACUCUUCAACAUUCACGACAUGCUCGACCUAUAUUACCUCAAUAUCGUGAUGAUUAUGUCAAUAAAUUAUAUGAUCAAAUGGGUACAUAUGUUCAAGAACGAUCAGGUCUUUAUCAUACUCAAAAUUAUGAACCGAAUUCACUUGUUCAAGCUAUACCAGAACUUGAAAAUGACCGAGGAUAUAAAACAACAGUAAACAAUGAAUAUGAUGUCAAUGAUGUAUUGAAUACAGGUGAACAAACUCAACAAAGAGCUAAACCAAUAUUGUUUCAAUGUAGAGCAAUCGGUGAUUAUCAAAAUAUGCGGAAUCGUCUUCUCAACAAAUUACAUGCUCCAAAUGAUGCUGCUACUGUUAAUACUCGUACACAAGAAGGUAAUAAACAAUUUGUUCAACGUGAAUCAAUCUAUGGUCAAGCAUAUAAUACUAAAAAAUUUCUUCAAGAAAAUGCUCUAUUACCUCAUGCACGUACUGAUCCAACUCGUUUAAUGAGUACAACAUAUAAUACUAAUCUUGAACAAGUACGCAGUUUAAAUAGUUAUCCAAUAAAAACGAUUCAAAAUCAAUCAGUUAAUAAUAAUAAUAAUAAUAAUCAAGAAAAAACUAAUGAUAUUCUUGUUAGUCCAGUUCUUCGUCCAUCACAUUAUGAUGAAUUAUAUAAGACUAAAUAUAUUAAUGAACAUACAGAUGGUUAUUCACGACGAUCAACAGCUCGUGUUUAUGAUUCACCAUUUAAAAAUGAACAAAAUACAGCAAUGAAUAAUUUAUGUCAACAACAAACAAAGUCUUUGGAACCAUAUCUUUCAAUUCCUGGUCAACUUCCACGUUCAGUUAAAAUAAAUUUACGUUUACCCGGUCCAGAAGUUGUUGCUCGAUUUAUUGAACCAAAAACUGAUACACAUACAACAUAUCAACGUUCAUUUAAAGAUAUAUCUUAUCAUGAAACAAUACCUCAAACACAACGUUCAACGAAAACUAAUAAUCAAAAUUUAAUUCGUACAUCAGAGAAUCGUCUUAAAGAAUUGAAAUUACUCGAUCUUCAAGAUCAAUGGUCAAAAACUCAAGCACAACAACAAUAUCAUAUUGAACAUCCAGAAACUGUACCUUAUGUUGGUGAUUGUACGAUUCGAGCUAAAAAAGAAAUACUUAUAGCUGAUACAAUUGCUAAACGAGGAAUAACGACUGUUAGAUGA